AUGGAAAUAUACUUGAUAAGAGGAACUAUACUUACAUGCCUAUGUUUCCUACCGGUGUUAUUUUGAAGGCGCGCACUAGCUCAACAUGGUGUCUCAGUAGCUCAUGAACUGUGGACCACCGCAAGUCAAGUGAUGGAGCAAAGAGGGGCCCGGUUAGAUUGUACUCUGCAAGAAUUAACAAUUUCCUCUACCGCUGACAGUGCGGUUGUCCCGGGCAGCUCGGCCACUCUUGAGCUGAAGGACCGCCGACUGGUGUGCGUGGAGUACCCGGCGGUGGUGCGGAAUGAAGGCGUGAUGCUCGAAACUUUGGGCGGCGAACAAACACUGUCCUCGAUGUUCUCUAACCCUAAUCGUCGACUGGAGCUGCGCUUCAGACCCAAGGAUCCUUUCUGUCACCCGCUGUGUGGCAAUCGCUUCCCAUCAAGCAACCUUCUCCUCAAGGUGCGCAGGCGGGUACGGAAAACUGACCCUACCAAUGUGAAGAUGCACAUGGAUUUUCUUGGAGUCAUCGGAACAACAUACAAGUUUCAAGGCAUGGCGGACUUCCAGUGCCUUGCUGUGCAUUCAGAAAACGGAAAAGAAAGUUCCUUGUACGACAAAAUAGUUCUCAGAAAAUCUGAGAAUAAGGAGUUCUUUGAGCAACCUUACCCAUGCUUUCUUCCCCCUGCCACUUUCUCACGACUUGACAGUCCUGUUGACUACUACUACCGACCUGAUGUCAUUGUCAAGCAAAUUACAACAAACAGUAAAAGCGUUAUAGGUUUAAAUCGUGCCCGACGUCCACAUAAUGCCAUUUUUGUGACCUUCAAUGAAACUUCAAUUCCAUCCCAAUGUCUUGAAGCCGCAAAGAAAAACUGGUCCAGGAUCAGUCUGAAAGAGGGUGAUAGACUUGCAGAGGAAAAUCUCAGAAAGAUGUUUGAGAGCCGGCCCAUCUGGAGUCGGAACGCUGUCAAGGCCAACAUCAACAUUCACCCUGAAAAGCUGAAGCUGCUGCUGCCAGUCGUCGCCUACUACAUGGUGACAGGGCCAUGGAGGAGUCUGUGGGUGAGGCUCGGUUAUGACCCUCGAAAGACGACUGACUCCAAGAUGUACCAGAUGUUGGACUACAGGAUACGGUGCAGCACCAAACAUGGAUACUCGCUUUCGGACCUGCCAGUGAAACCCAAGCGCAGUGCACUGAACUACAAUCUCUCCAUUACUGUCAACAAAACUGCGCCACCUCCUGCUAGUCUGACUGAGCUUCCAGCACAGGCACUUCCAAGCACCAGUGAAGCAGCAGUCACAUACCAGCUGAAGGAUUCAUCCUACAUCUUCCAAGAGAACAUGUUGCCUCCUCACCGACAGAUGUUUUACCAGCUGUGUGACCUGCAUGUGGACAGCAUCAGAGAGCUGAUUAACUGCAACAACGGCUCUGAAGUGGUUUGUGACGAACGUGACGGUUGGUGUGUCAUUGGUACGACUGACCUACUGAGGGAAAUCAUCUCCAACAUGGUGAAGAGAGUCAUCCGGGCAAAUCGACCCCCGUUACCGGAGGCUCCACAAAAACACAGGCAUAAACGGCAGAGUUGUAGACAAGAGGACGAGGAAGCGGAUGAAGACUACGAGGAGGAGGAGGACGACGAAGAUGAUGAUGAAUUUCACCCUUCAGAGGGAAGUGAGAAUGAGAUGGAGACAGAGAUGCUGGAUUACAUGACAGAAGAGCAAGCCUCAGUGGCUGAGGAAACCUUUUCUGCUGAUUUGUCUUAGCCGCUUUGGUCAUUCACUGAAUUUCUGUGGACAUGAAUAAACU